AUGGUACUCCAAUGUCCUCGAUGUAGAAAGAAUGACUUUAAAAAGACUCGUGAUUUAACAAAUCAUCUUAACAGAAAAUUUAAGUGUAAGCAAACCCAAAUACCCAACCCGGUUCAUCCACCUAACCCUAAUAUAUCCAGACCUCAAUCGCCAGCAUCUAAUCCUCCAUCUCCUCUAGUCUAUGUUCGUGAAAAGAAAGGAUCCAAAAGAGGCCAAACAAUGCAUUUAUCUAUAGAGGAUUUGGUUAACUGGCUUGCGAAUCCUAAGAUAAAAAAUAAUCCAACUAUUAUUAAUAAAAAGGUCCCAAAAACAGAUAUAGAAUGGUUUGAUUUAAUGGAAGAGUCUUCUAGUAAAUGGCAAAAGAAAACCAAAGUAUCUCAACCAAUAGAAGAAGAUUCUGAAGCAGAAUUUGGCCCGACUACUCAAGUAUACAGAAAAAGGCAAAGAAAAGACUGGGGGAAGGAAACCCCAACUCCUGAAAUCAUUGACCAAAGAGAUGAGUCUGAAAAAGAUCCAAAAGAUUUAGAUAAAAAACAAAAGGGUAUUCAAACAGCAAAAGACAUAUUUAAAGUAGAUGGUGCUGAAUAUGCUUUCUCAACCUGGUUUGCGGAAAUAGAAUCCAAAAAAUAUGAAGCUGAGAUGACUGAAGAGCGAGCCCAAGAAAUUUUAAAUGCAAUUGACAAUGGCAAGUUCUUAAUAAGGGUAAAAUUUAUUAGAAAUGAUUCUGUAUAUGGAGAUAAAUCUCAAACAAAGAUCACUUUUAAAAUUAUUGAUAAAUAUGAGCCUAUUCGUGAAUCAAAAAAGGCAGGUGGAAAAUACAUCAGGGGUGGCCCCAAUGUUAUACUUACAAAGAAAAUGAAACCAGGAUUUUGGGUAGGAAUAGAUAAAAAAUUUCUGGUCAGAGAAGUCAGUGAGCAAUCUGAAGUAGAAAGACUUGAUACCAAUGCAGUAGUUUAUGGAUUAUAUCAAAUCCGAAAGCCAGAUGUCAAUCGAUUAAUGCCUAUAAAGGAUAGUACACUUAACUGUGUAGCUGAACGAGAGAAAAAAAUGCGCAUUCCAGGUGCUCGAGUAUAUGAUGUAGCAGAGUUAGAAAAAAUUCUCAAGCGACCAAUUACAUUACUUGAUAUAACUCAUG